GCUCCCACUGCAAAAUGAAAUAUUGUUAAUUAUGUUGAUUGUUAACCGUUUACCUAUAAAAUAUGUAACAUGGAAAAGAUAAUUAAACGUAAUCAAGAGAAUAACGUGAUAAGUUCAGAAGUUGAGCAACUAUAUUUGUUAACUGUGAUAUGCUGUCGUUACAUUGAUAAAUUGAAUACACGAUAAAUCAGGAAAACAUGUUCUUCCGUUUCUCUUAAUUUAUAUGUCGCCAAAAAAAAAUAUGUGUGAUAAUAUAAACCGUGUUGGAAAAGUGAGAACAUUGCUAAAAAAGUUAGCAACAUAUAAAGAGAAGUAUAGUAUGGACAUACCAAUGAAAUAUUUUUAUCAAUAUAACAAAGUGCCAAAGUCAUAUAACAAAAUGUUUGGUACAACAACCCUGAUAAGCAGGUCAUUCUUAGCAAUUUUUAUAAUACUGACAUUAUACUUCCUUGGAAUGGACCUCCUGCUUUAUUCUAGAGUACAAAAUUAUGAUGUACGACCAACACCAAAUGGAACACGAUAUGUUUCGAUUAUACCUUGUGAUUUUAAUCCAUUGUGCACAGUAACUGUGAAAGGAUUAAUGCUAGAUCAUCCAAAUCAUUUUCUUCUGAGUCCUCUUGCAGCUAUCAUGGAUGAUCUAUUAUACAUUAGCAGCUCUUGGACAUUGGUAACACCAAAUAUAAUCAGUUGUUUUCACGUGUUAAUAGCAGUGUUGGCUGGUAAAUGUGUUUCCAGUGAUUCGUUGUCUCAUAGACGCUUAGGUGUAAUAUUAUUCCAAGCAAGGACAUGGUUAGAUGAUCUAGAUGGUCAUGUUGCAAGAAAAAGGGCAAAUAUUUAUGGUGAACGAUCAGAUGUUGGCUCAAGUGGUUACAUUAUCGAUGGUAUUUGCGAUGCUUUGGGUUGUGUCGCUUUAAUCAUUGGCCUAUAUCAGUUUCUUGCCCGUAAUUCAAACAGACGUGGAGGGUAUGAUAAGCUGCCACAACUACCAGUUUCAUCAGUCCUUGAACCUGGAAACAUAACAUCAAAAACUUCAAAUGCAGCACUUCGUAAUAUAUUACUUCUGACCGUCCAUUUGUUCCUGACCAGUGCUGCCUGGAAUCGAUAUAUAUCUUUAUACCAGGAUCUUCUAGAGACUGAUUAUAAAACACCAUCGAUUAGUAGAGAACAUCUUUAUGCUAGACAGACAACUAUAUUCAGAAGUCUGUCAUUUUGGAUAAUAUCUCUUUGCUGGAAAUUUAUAAAUUUUCAUGCUGUCAUGGAUUAUCUACUUUUAGCAAUAUUUUUUGACCGUUUAAGAGAAUACAUUAGACUUAUAAGAUGGUCUUCAUUUGUGAUUGUAUUGUUAAUUGUUUAUAUAACUGAAUUUCAUUUUCUACGGGCCUAUGCGUAUGUACAAGGUGUACCAUCCUUCAUUGAUGAAGAGAUAACUUCAUCUGAUGUUUUCUCUCAAGGAUGACAGUAUGAAUCUUGGAAAAACUUGUUUCCUACAGCAAUUUAUAAUCGGUGAUACAUAACGACCAGAAUAACUAUUAUAUGCUGAAAUUUGCAAAGUCAUUUAUCUACAAAAAUAAUAUUUCAAUCAAAUUUUUUGUAUUUUAUAUUUUUCUGCAUGUAUUUUGUAUAAAUAGCAGACUGAUGUUUGAAAAAUGUACAAUGUACAAAACCCCUUAAGUGCUAAAUUAGUAACAUUCUGUUUUGAUAUGGCUUCCAAAUGUUACAUUAAUGUAAUGAUGUAAUUUUAAUUUGCUGCACUUGCCAUUAUUUUCUAACAAAUUAAGUUGUAAUUUGUUAGGCCAGUUAACAAUUCUAAUGAAUAUUGUCUCGUGCAUUUCGUAAUCUUAGUGUUUUGUACAGCAAACAUAAUUGUUAAGUAAAUGUCUGCAUCUCAAUCUCUGUGAUAUUUCAUAUUAGUAAAAUAACUUUUAUUUAUUUUCUAAUUCAUUUAAGAGGUUGAUGUGUAAAUUUAAUAUAAUAUACGACAUGUACUGGUGAAAAGUAUUUCGUACUGAUAAUGGAUUCAUACAAUCCACCAACUCGUUCUCUUUUUCGAUGUGUUUUUCACAUCUACAGGUCAACGUGAAAGGCGAAAACAAAGUUAAUGCAUUCCCUUGAUUCAGUCGAUUAAUGUAAAUAUUAAUAGAAAGGUUGUAUUUAUUGUGUAUACGUAUGUAUGUAUAUGGAUACGUGAAUAUACAUAUAUGUAUAUGCAAUAUGUAUUUGUGUGAAAUAUACGGGCUGAGUAAUA